UCAACACAACAUUGAAGAAGCUCGAGACAAUCUCUCAAGAUGAACCCAAACACCGGCAUCACAGACGAGGCGGCCAUUGAGGGCCACGACCUCAUUCACAACGCCGAGGUUGAAGAGCAAAAGGCGCACGGCGACCACGCGCUGACGCAGCCGGACGAGGGCGAUGAGCCGCUCAACGCAACAAAACAGACGGAGACGGGCGCUGCCCCGGGACACACUCAGCGUCGCCACUCGGCGAUGGACAAGGUCAAGGAGGCGCUGCAUCUCAAGAAAUAAAGAAACAAAUUAUCAACACUAAAUGAUUUCUAUGAUGCUGGGCGGAUGAGCAAUUCUGAUUCAACGUCGGUGGUGAAUGGCGGCGACCCAGACAAAGGGAAAAUGAGAUGGGAAAAAAAAAACCUAAAGAUGGCGCGUGUGGUGUCAGACAAUGAAUGAAUGGCUCUGUGUUUGAUUACACUUGUGUACUAUUAACAAUUCCCCACAUCCGCCCUCAUUCUUGUCGUCUUAUCUACGCUUCAAUACCAUGAGUUCUUCUAUUAA